AUGGCGGCGAGAACGAGCUCCGGCACAAGCCAAGACAAGAUGAUGAAACCAAAGAAUUGCAGAUUGCCAGCGUUGGCACUGCACCAGCACGCAAGGUCUUUCUCGCAGACACGACGGUCCUACAAGCCACAAGCAACACAUCAAACGCCUCCCGAACAUGGUACCCGAGCCUUGGCCAAGCGACGAGAAGUCCCGCUGGGCGUGCAAGACAACUCGGCGGCAGAAUAUGUUCUCACCACGAUGGACAAGCUAGCAGGCUGGGCCCGCUCGGGCUCCCUCUGGCCGCUCACCUUCGCGCUCGCCUGCUGCGGCAUCGAGAUGAUGCACGCGAGCAUGCCGCGCUACGACAACGACCGGCUGGGCAUCAUCUUCCGCGCCUCGCCGCGCCAGUCCGACGUCAUGAUCGUAGCGGGCACCGUGACCAACAAGAUGGCGCCCGCCCUGCGCCAGCUCUACGACCAGAUGCCAAAGCCCAGGUGGGUCAUCUCGAUGGGCAGCUGCGCCAACGGAGGCGGCUACUACCACUACAGCUACAGCGUCGUCCGCGGCGUCGACCGGCUCGUCCCCGUAGACGUCUACGUCCCGGGCUGCCUGCCGACUGCCGAGGCGCUGCUGCAGGGGAUACACUUGCUGCAGAGGAAGAUAAGGGGAGAGAGGAAGUCGAGGAUGUGGUAUCGCAAGUAG